AUGGGCGGACAGGUGGAUGCGUCCGCCGGCAAAGGGUGUCUGCGCAGCUCGCCCAUGAACGCGGUGGUUGGCCACUUGAAGUCGUCCCUGCGGACGUAUUCGCUGCACGCGGUGGACUGCGUGCUGGAGCCGGAGGACGUCGAGUCCUCCACGAUCGCCCUGCUGGGGAUCGCGUCGGUGUGCUCCAGGUCUAACAUGGAGGUGGAGGAGAGUCUGGAGGCCUGGGGUCACGAGACCAAGCGACAGGUGGAGAGGCUCUUUGAGACGGAGAAGAGGGUCUCGUUCGACCAAACCACGGGCAUGGUACGACAUGUUCCGGUCUCCCCGGCGUACGACCUACCGACCAGUGGCAGUGGACUGCCGCAGUUUAUUCUAGGGGAGACGCUCAUUUGGUCGGACGGAGGCGAUGAAGAGGAUGGAGGAGUGAGUGAACCGACCAAGGAGCAGACGUUCUUCACCCACGUGCAGCUGCAUGUGAAGAACGGCGGCAAGACACCGUUGCAUUUGUACCGGUUGACGCUGGUGGAGAAGGGAGGAACUCGAGCGAAGGAGGAUAAGGCGGAGGGGAUCGUUCUACCGUUGGUCACACCGGCGGCGGUGCUGCCUGAUACGAGCGAGGUCGUGUCAUUCAAGGCGAUUACUGGAGCGGCGGUGGACUCGACCAAGAGCUAUGAGCUGUAUAUUUCACACAGCGGCUUUCGAUCGCACGUGUUUGAAGUUGGCUCCAUGGCAAUCGCCGUGGCGGUGGGGCUUGCAGUGACGCUGUAUAUUCGACGCAAGCGGCCCAGUGUUCGCCUCGUGGGACGUGUUGUCACUAGCUGCUUCCGCUCACCCAGUAAGAAACACACUCACGGAUCGGGCGGUAGGACAUCGGCGAAGCCGGUAUCAAAUCGCGUAGCCUCCAGUCGGGCUGCGAUUUCCAAAAAGGGAGAAGAUCACAUCGAAAUGGAAAGGAUGCCUGCGAUCACUAUGAAGUGGAAGGCCCCACCACCACCACCCCCGCCUCGUGCUGCUGCUCCUACCACUAAGCCUACACCGCUAGCCGUUCCUAAAUCGAUGGCGCCGAAGAAGCUGCGCCUAGACCUCGAUCGCAAGGCAAGGCUUCACCCAAAGCGGUUCGAAAGCAUGUGGGACGAAUACGUCGAAAGGUAUGUGAAAGUGAUUCGUAAUGUGCUGGAGUGUUCCAAGACUAACGUGAGUAAAUGCCAUUAG